UUAUUAUCUUGCGUCACUUAAAAGUAUUUUAAAUUUUUCUCCGAGCAGCGUUUCGCUUGGAGAGAUUUUGAUUUUGACCCUGAUGAGCGAUAACGAAAUCCCUGGAAACUUUUAAUGCCAGUACAAGUUUCUGUUUCUCUUUCUGUCCGACUGCCAGUCAAUUUGUAGCAUUUGAAUAAAAUGGACGCAGCUUAUGUGAAGUUUAUGAUGUGCCAGUGCCUUGUGAAUCGGGCGGACUGGGGCUUAGCCGUGGGUUGUAUAAAUGUCGUCUACUCCUUCUUCCUUUUCCAGUUCUGGGUGGUGGAGCUAGUUAAGUCGCUCGCCAAUUAUCCCGUCAAGUGGGUCUUGUUGUAUGGAUUCAACGUGAUGUUUAAUGUAAUCACCAUGAUGCGGAUUGUGAAAAGGGAGAGUAUGUCAGUCUUCUACUGGAUGUGCGAAACAGCUGCCCUCUUAAUAUUUCGGAUACACCACCUAUAUUACAAGGAGGACGAUUUUUGGCUAGCAAAGAGCCAUUUGUACCGUGCUUCUAACAUUGUUAUCGAUGUUUACAUUGGCUUAUCGAUGCUGGCCAUGAUUUAUGUCAUGUUUGGAUUGCGUUUGGAUCCAGACCGCCAAUUUCCCGACGAAGAAGAAAUGCUCGACCAUUGCAAAUUCGACCCUCAGGCAGCUGCUGCUAAGGCAGCUACCCAAAAGGAAAAGGUCUUCGAAAGUCAGAAGGAAAAUGAGAAUGAGCCACUGGCCAAAGAAAAAGAAGUGGAAAAUGUUUAUGAUAUAGAGGAAUUAGACCAACAUGCCAUUCAAAAACUAGCUGAUCUCGUUGAGAAGAGAGCAUUUUCCAGUCAAGAAGUUACAAUGCCCUGCGAACCCACUGCUCCCGAAGAGGAAGUCCACGAGAUUCCGGAACCUUCAGCUCCUCCAGAAAGUACUCUCUCCUUCGAUGAGGAUUUCUUCUAUGAGAUCAAUGAUUUUGAAGUCGGCGGCGAUCAAGGAAAUGACAUGUCAUUGGAUGAAUAGAUAGCCAUAAGUUUUAGUUUCGCUUG